AUGAAGAUCUUCUGCCGCACUGAUCAGCAGUGUAUCUGUUAUCUCUGCUCAAUGGAAGAACACAGAGGCCACGAUAUGAUCUCUGCUGCAGCAGAAAGGACAGAGAAGCAGGAGGAGCUCAGGAAAAGACGGCAAAAACUUCAGCGAAGAAUCCAGCACCGAGAGAAGGACGUGAAGGAGCUUCAGCAGGAGGUGGAGACGAUCGAUCGCUCCGCUGAUAAAGCAGUGGAGGACAAUGAGAAGAUUUUUACUGAGUUGAUCCGUGUGAUCGAGAAAAGAAGCUCUGAUGUGAAGCAGCAGAUCAGAUCCCUGCAGGAAACUGAAGCGAGUCGGGCCAAAGAGCUUCAGGAGAAGCUUCAGGAGGAGAUCUCUGAGCUGAAGAGGAAAGACGCUGAGCUGGAGCAGCUGGAGGGCACAGAGGACCACACCCAGUUUCUCCACAGUUACCCCUCACUGUCACAACUUACUGAGUCUACAGACUCACCGAGACCAAAAACCAACCGUCUGCGGUACUUUGAGGAUGUGAUGGCAGCUGUGACGGCAGCCAGAGACAAAAUACAGGCCUUCCUUGCAGAGCCCAUGUUUAGAGUUCAUUUCUUACAAUAUGCAUGUCACAUCACGCUGGAUCCAAACACAGCAAACGGAUUUCUGGUUUUAUCAGAGGGGAACAGAAAAAUAAAAUUUGAUGUAAAUAAUUCAGCAUAUUCUCAACAUCCAGACAGAUUCAUUCACAUAUCUCAGGUCUUGAGUAAAGAUGGACUGACUGGACGGUGUUACUGGGAGGUGGAGAUGAGCAGGAAUACUGCAGUAGCAGUCGCUUAUAAGAGUAUUGGCAGAUCAGGGGACUUCAAUGCACAUGUAUUUGGAUACAAUGAGAAGUCUUGGGUAUUAAAUUGUGACAGUAGUUAUAGCUUCAGACACAACAACCUUACAACUGGCAUCUCAGGUCCUAAAUCCUCCAGAAUAGGCGUGUACCUGGAUCACAGUGCAGGUCUUCUGUCUUUCUACAGCGUCACUGAAACCAUGACUCUCCUCCACAGAGUCCAGACCACAUUCACUCAGCCGCUCUAUGCUGGACUGUUUCUUGGUGGUUUUAAUGGAGACACUGCUGAGUUGUGUAAACUCAAGUAG